UGCGUUCAAAAGUGUAUAAAAAAACUGCAGGACCACAUUCAACUUUAGUUUCAACGCGACUUUCAACGCAACAAGAAAACAACGGUUAAUCAAGUAUAAUUUAAGUGCAUUGUGGAUUAAUUGGAAGUAGAUUUUCUAAAUCCAGGGCAAAAUGACUUCGUACACUGAUAAAGGACCCAAGCCAAAAUAUGGAAAAUUUCUCUGUUUUGAUCAUUUAACAUUUUAUGUUGGUAAUGCUAAACAGGCUGCGUCUUAUUAUAUUACCCGAAUGGGCUUUGAACCAUUAGCGUACAAAGGUUUAGAAACAGGAUCCCGGAAGUAUGCAGCUCAUGCCGUGAGACAAAACAAGAUUGUGUUUGUGUUCAUGUCUGCCUACGAACCAAACGAGGAAGAAAUCGGUUAUCACAUGAUGAAACAUGGCGAUGGUGUACACGAUGUCUCCUUUGCUGUGGAAGACCUUGAUAAUAUCAUGAAACAUGCUAAAUCUAAAGGCGCAAAAGUUAUUCGUGACAUCUGGGAAGAAUCUGAUGCUAACGGAAAAGUUCGAAUGGCUACAAUUAAAACAUAUGGAGAUACUCUACAUACAUUCGUAGAUCGUUCCAAUUAUACUGGACCCUUUUUACCCGGAUAUGUCCCUUCUCCAGUAGACCGUCUAUCUAAACUUCUUCCACCCGCUAAACUCGACUUCAUUGACCACGCCGUAGGCAACCAACCCGAUUUACAGAUGGAAUCCGUUGCAAAGUGGUAUGAGGAAGUGCUACAAUUCCAUCGUUUUUGGUCAGUAGACGACAGUCAAGUACAUACUGAAUUCUCGGCCCUGCGUUCGAUUGUAAUGACCAAUUAUGAAGAAACCGUUAAGAUGCCUAUCAAUGAACCAGCACCGGGUAAGAAAAAGAGUCAGAUUCAAGAAUAUGUUGAGUACUAUGGCGGAGCUGGGGUGCAACACAUCGCCCUGAACACUCAAGACAUUAUUACUGCUGUUAAAAACUUGCAAGCGCGUGGAAUGGACUUUUUGCAAGUUCCAGAUAGCUACUAUGACUUGAUUCGUGAACAGUUGAAACAUAGUCCGGUAAAAAUCGCUGAAGACUUGGAUACUUUACAAAAGUUGAAGAUUUUGAUUGACUACGAUGAAAAUGGGUAUUUGCUGCAGAUCUUUACGAAAAACAUGCAGGACAGACCUACUGUAUUUUUGGAGGUUAUACAACGCAGGAAUCAUAAUGGAUUUGGUGCUGGAAACUUCAAGGCACUCUUCACAGCUAUCGAAAUCGACCAAGCCAAGCGAGGUAAUUUGUAAGCUAUCAAAAUGGCGACGCAAUACUUAAACUAGUAACAUUUAUAACUCUAAAAUAUCAAUAAAAACUGAAUUAACUUAAAAAA